AUGUCGCUGCGUUGGUGUUGGUCGUCUGAGCGUCGCUGUAUCCGUGUUUAACAGAAGAACGCUGCAUUUCGUGACAGCAGCACCGCAGGAUUAGGUCUAACGCGACAGAAUAAAUAUGCUUACUAGGCCUACUAAACGCAGGAAUCAAAGAGAUCUGCCGAGCUCGCUCAGCCCUUGUGAUUACUGAAAAUUUCAAGUUUGUCAACAUGAAUCCAGCAACAGCUGAACCCCCUGGCGACUGGGGCGACAUAAGUGACGCAGAAUUACUGAACGUAGAGUCAGAGCACCUCGACACAGCGCUUCCCCAUCCGGAUUCGCACUCGGAAUUGUCAGAGAAAAUCCAUGAUCCCGGGAAACAAGCGGAGCAGAGGCCGGCUCGGGUAAUUGCUGUGGGAUCCAGUGGUGUCGGUCGCACCCCUCAGAAGAGGAAGAGACCAGGGCCUGGGCGAAGUCCGAUGGAGCGUUUCUCACGCAGACACCUGAGCGUGACGCAGGUGUGCGGGCAGACCUGGUGCGAACUGCAGGUGGCCUAUGGCCUCGAGCUGCCUCACCUGAUGAGGAGAGAAGGGGAGAGGGCGGAGGUGAAGGCAGGGGCCAGCAUUCACAUGGCCAGAGAGCUGGAGGUCCACGACGUGGUGCCAGUGUGCACCCAGAGCAGGGAGGAUCGCCAGGCUAUCACCUUCCUCAAUUUCCUCAGUGCAAUGCCCACUCUGCAGGCAGGGGACCGGGUUCAAGAGUUGCCUGUAUUUGGGGUGCUGGAGGAUGUGUUCUUGGUUGGUGUGAUUGAUGAGCUGUGCUACACUGAUAAGGGUGAGCUGGCCCUGAAUGAGCUGAAGACACGCAAACAAAAUUGCCUGCCUACCCCUGCUCAGGUCAAGGGUCACAACUUACAGGUAGGACUGUACAAGCUCCUGUUUGAUUCGCUGGUCCGGGGAGAGCUUACAAGAGAGCAAGUGAUCACCCACCUACAAUUACGCCCACAGCGUGCUCUAGGGGCAGGAGUACUGGAGCAUGCUGCGAAAUUGGAUCUUCAGGUGUCUACAUUUGGAGAUCUGUUGGACGUGCUCAUACUGAAUCUGAAUUACUGUGAGCUGCCACCUAUUGAUCUAUUGAGAUUAGAGUACUGCCACCAGGGUUCCGGCUCACUCAUUGAGUACCAGGAUGUCCCAUUCUCUGAGCCCCUGCUGAGGGCGGAGCUCCGGUAUUACCUAUCCUAUUGGACUGGUCAUAGGGAGCCCAGGGGUGUGGACAUUGAGGAGGCUUGGAAAUGCACCUACUGCUCAUUCAAGGGCCACUGUGAGUGGAAAUGGGAGGGGUUACAACGCACUGUGACCACACCUAAUGACAAGACACUCACUGACCACACUGGCCAACAAAACUCACUGAUUGAUGACCACAACCAUCAACAAAAUCCAAUGAGUACAGUGACCACACCCACUGAUGAGACACUCACACAAGCACCUGUGUGACUCAUGUUAUAUUGUUGUAAUAUUUCUCACAUGUUCCUUAUGAUGCAGCUGUGAAGGGUCCAUGGCAGUGGCCUUAGCAGGUUUUAUAAGCUUCAGUGUUUUUAUUUUUUUAUAUAUGACCAGGGGCGCACUGUCAGGAGAGGCAAA